AUGAGAUAAUCUAAUUAUAAAGAAAAUAGACAAUAAAGUAGUUAAAGAAAGAUGUCUGAUUAUAUAAAGAGUACAUUAGGAAGUAAUUAAUAAAUACAUGAACCUUUAUCUAAUAAAAAGAAUUAAUUAAAUGAAUUGGAAUAUUAAUUAUAAUAGAUGGUUAAAAUAAAGAGUUCAUUAAAUUAAUUUUGUGGACUUAAAGAGAAUAAAGAAAUAAGAUAGAGUAAAGAAAAUAGAGAAAUACUUUAUCCAUUAUAAUAAUAGUAAAAUAAUGAUAGAUAAUCUUAAUUAGUAUAAGUAUGAAAUAUAUAUAUAUUAAAAGACUGGAAAUUUUGGACAUCCAGAGUCAUAAUUAUCACAUAGAAUUAGUACUUAAAGGACACUACCAGCAUUUGAAAUUCAUGAGGAUAUUCCAACUAUUGAAGAUUUAAGGAAAUUACAAAAUUAGAUAUUGGAUUUGAAUUCUUUUAGUGUAGAAUAAAUGGAUGAAUUAAAGAAAUUGUCUUCAAUAAUAUUAUUCAGAAUGAGGAAUAUAAGAAAAUAAUGA